CACCAGCUUGGAGAGUCCCGUGAGAGCAGGACAGUAGCUUCCUGGUUCGCCUGGUGCCAUACUAACGCCGUUCUCCCAGGAUGGCAGCUUCUGGCCUGUUGCCCACCUGUGCUGUGUCCACUCAGGACCCUGCUUGUCUCCAAGAGUCAGAAUUCCCUCUUUCUUCAAAGCGCCAUUCCUGUUCCCAGGACUUGGACCUGUUUGCAUGCCAUGGUCUGGAGCCUCACACACCCGCCAGGGAUUCUAAUCAGGAAUCCGUGACUUUCCAGGACGUGGCUGUGGACUUUACUGAGAAGGAGUGGCCCCUCCUGGAUCACUCUCAGAGGAAGCUGUACAGAGACGUGAUGCUGGAGAACUACAGCAACCUGACCUCACUGGGGUAUCAGGUUGGAAAACCCAGCCUCAUCUCUCACUUGGAGCAAGAAGAGGAGCUGAGGACUGAGGAGAGGGGGACUCAACAAGGGGCUUGCGCAGAUUGGGAAACUCCAUCUAAAACCAAGUGGUCAAUUCUCAUGGAAGAUAUAUUUGGGAAGGAAACGUCCCGUGGUGUGACAAUGGACAGAGCUCGCCUUGGGGAGAAGUCCGCGGAGUAUGAGCGCUUGUUUGAAGUCUUCAGCGUGGGCGCUCACCUCACACAGCAGAUGGGAAGGCACGCGGGCAGGAGGCCCUAUCCCCGCCACAGCUUCGCGGUGGCCUUCAAAAGCAGGACUCGCCUCUCUCAGCACUUGAGCAUGUACGACGGGCGGAAGAUGCACGAGUGCCACCAGUGCCAGAAAGCCUUCACCACCAGCGCGUCCCUCACGCGGCACCGGAGGAUCCACACCGGGGAGAAGCCCUACGAGUGCCGGGACUGCGGGAAGGCCUUCAACGACCCAUCGGCCCUCCGCAGUCACUCGCGAACCCACCUCAAGGAGAAGCCCUUCGACUGCAGCCAGUGCGGCAACGCCUUCCGCACGCUGUCUGCUCUGAAGAUCCACAUGCGGGUGCACACGGGCGAGCGGCCCUACAAGUGCGACGAGUGCGGCAAGGCCUACGGCCGCAGCUGCCACCUGAUCGCGCACAAGCGCACGCACACCGGGGAGCGGCCCUACGAGUGCCAGGACUGCGGCAAGGCCUUCCAGCACCCCUCGCACCUGAAGGAGCACGUGCGCAACCACACCGGGGAGAAGCCCUACGCGUGCACGCUGUGCGGCAAGGCCUUCCGCUGGAAGUCCAACUUCAACCUGCACAAGAAGAACCACACGGUGGAGAAGACCUACGCCUGCAAGGAGUGCGGCAAGGCCUUCGGGGACCUGGUGUCGCGGCGGAAGCACAUGAGGAGUCACGUCGUGAAGAAGCCCGUGGAGUGCCGCCAGUGCGGGAAGGCCUUCCGCAACCAGUCCAUCCUGAAGACGCACAUGAACUCGCACACCGGCGAGAAGCCCUACGGCUGCGACCUGUGCGGGAAGGCCUUCAGCGCCAGCUCUAACCUCACCGCGCACCGGAAGAUACACACGCAGGAGCGGCGCUACGAGUGCGCGGCCUGCGGCAAGGUCUUCGGCGACUACCUGUCCCGCAGGAGGCACAUGAGCGUGCACCUGGUGAAGAAGCGGGUGGAGUGCCGCCAGUGUGGCAAGGCCUUCCGCAACCAGUCCACCCUCAAGACGCACAUGCGGAGCCACACCGGCGAGAAGCCCUACGAGUGUGAGCACUGCGGCAAGGCCUUCAGCAUCGGCUCCAACCUCAACGUGCACAGGCGGAUCCACACCGGCGAGAAGCCCUACGAGUGCCUGGCCUGCGGGAAGGCCUUCAGCGACCACUCGUCCCUGCGGAGCCACGUGAAAACCCACCGCGGCAGAAGCUCUUCGCCGCCUCCGUGUGGAAGAGGCUGCAGUGAGCGCUCAGACCAGAAGGAAGCUGCAGAGGUGCGAGGGAGGUGGGAACCCUUCCUGGAGCUGGAUGUGGUGGCAAAGGCCUGGGAUCCCGGCACUCGGAGGCUGAGACAGGCGGCUUGUGAGUCCGAGGCCAGCCUGGGUUACAACGUGGCAAGAUCCUGCGUCAGCCCAGCAAAGUAAAACAAGAGGUGCGUGGAAUGUGGAAGUCCAGCUUGUGCGGAGCUUGUAAGAACUGAGCUAUUUCACAUGGGAGACCUUUUGGAGGAAGAGGAUGUGUGUCUGCCCUGGAGUCACCUUGGGGUAUAUCAGGCUCUUAAACACAGAAGGUUGGGAGAGAAACCCCAGCCCCAGUUGUCAGUAACUUCAGUGGUUCUCACCUUCUGGUCACAGAAGAGAGGGCCUCUGUCAAGAAUGGCCGCUGGAAAAGCCUUUCCUGGUCUCCCUGUGUUCGUUCAGCGACAUCACCAGAGAAAAAUCCAGGAAGUAAGGUUUGUGGGGAAUUCUACAAAUGCAGGGAGCACACCACGCGCAGCUGUCUGAUUUUGUGUGGCUCACAAGCUAAUCGUAGUCCUUCUGUUUCCAAAGAGGCAGCACAGGAGAGAGAUGGCGUGUGGUCUUUAAAGCCUAGGACGUUAGCUGUUGACCGAAAAGCUUGGCCUGUCCUUGGUCGUAGAAUGGCUUUCACCUGGGUUUAGUUUUGCCACCCAAGGGAGAUUUGGCAACACAGGAGACAGUUUUGGGUGAAGCACAGGGGAGAGGUGCUACCGCCACAUCCCCGGAAAACACCAGAAUGGUGCCGAGUUUCCUGCCAUCCACAGGAAUCCCCCACCCUAUGAACUGCGUGCCCUCAAAAAUCAGUCUUCCGGAGGAGAACGAUCCCAGUUCUUCCUCAGUUACGGUGUGCAGUAACCCUUCCGUGUCUGUGCUUCUUGGGGCCAGUUCUGCUGGGAGAACUUUACUUUAAAAAUCCCAGUUCUGCUGGGAGGACUUUACUUUAAAAAUCGAAAAUCACAAGGUUUUCAGGAAACAUGUGAGACUUAGCCUGCUCGUGACUGCUGUGUGGAAAGGAUUUCGGCCUCCGUCCCCUCACCUGUGCAUGUUUGGAUCUCGAUGGGAGGGAAACCCUGAGGUGUUCUCCGGAGAUCUCCAGACCGCACCUAACAGUCUUCGGUCCCGAAAACAGACCCCAGCGAAUAAACUUUUCCCUUUAUUUUUGAGAUUAUGCUCCUCUCGUUAACCCUUAGGCCUCAUCAUAAAAGGUUUGUAUAUAAUAUUUUUACUAGAACUUCAUUCUUGACAUGUCUUUACUUCCUUUUGGAUAACUUCAUUGACCGAUGGUCUGUUCAGGAUUGUGUUUACGUGCUGAGCAAUGUGGAUAUUUCUCAGUACCCGUUACUGCUGUCUGGAAUGCAUUGUGAUCAGAGCAUGAAAUCUCCAUCACCUGGACCUUUCCCUGUGUUUGUAGCCUCCCAUGCAGCCAAAGGGGCAUAGGCUUCUACCUGUUUCCUGUGCAUCUACUGUCAUCUUCCAUGUCAGAAGAACCCAUGUUCUGUUGGGCUAGUAAGGUGUGCUGUUCUGAAGAAUCCCUGACAGAUUUUCUGGAAGUAUCUCCUAUCCGUGUCACAUAACACUGGUCACGUUGGCAAAUAAGCAGUGGUGACUGAGGAUUUCUGAGAAAAAGCUCUUGAUCAGGGGUCCUCCCUGCCUGGGUUCUUCUCCACAUUUUGUUCUUUACUCUUUCCCAUGUCUCACCGUGCAAGGACUUUGUCCUUAGUAUUACAAGGUCAGCAUUGUGACCAUGAGGAUGAAGGCUUCUAAGAACACUGCUGCAGAGUCACAGUGAUUCUGGUCUCCCUUGGCUUCCUGGAGUAUCUGCAUUAACUCUGGAUUUAUUACUUCCAGACUUCCUGUUAUACAAGAAAAAAAUAAAGUGAUCACUUGUUAAGGUGCUAUGCAUA